CUGACAGGUUUUGGUUUUUUUGAUGUAAUUUAAUCGAAAACAAAAUAAAUACUGAAAAAUGAGCGAAAUAUAAUAAACCGAAACCACUUUCGUCAUCAGAUCUUCGUUUGGUGUUGAUGGUAACUUUCGAAUUUCGAUUGUACACUCUAUAAAAUGACCACUUUCAAAAUUUUCUUGGAUUGCAUGUUUACUGGUAAUCUCUACAAAUACAACACGGAUGAUCCCGAAGAGCGGCUGUACCAACCCAGUACCAUAGAAUAUUACAGUGAUCAAGUUAUAAAUUCGUUUUACAUAAUUUGGAAAUUCGGCAUUUAUUCUUAUUACACUUCACCCGCACUAGUGGGAUUCCUGUACAAAGGCGGGUACUUUGAACCUGAAGGACUUGUAACACUUUCUAAACUCGUCACAACGGCUGGAGUUAUACUGGUAACCUCUUACUGCUUGAGGAGCUACUGCAGAGCUAAUAAUGGCAAUUACGUGAGAUACAUGAACACCUUAAAAACCGCACAGAAUAAACUAACUUCCAAUGGCAAAAAAGAUCUGAUGAAGUACGAUUUCGACUUCAAAUCGUGGCCCGUUGAGUACAAGUGCACCCAGAACGCCAGGGAAGUGGGUCGUUGCAUACCCAAAACUCCAUCGUACGAUAAUUUCCUGCAGUUCCUAUGGCAAAUACCGUACAAAGUUAUGGCUUAUUUCGCCAUACACACCUUCGGCAUUCGAUUGAUCUACCCCGGUAUCGUUGGAAUUUUACAAAUACUUUUAGGUCAAGGCUUGCGACAGGGAAGAACCAAAUUAAUAGUCCAAUAUCAAGGCGAACGGUUUAAAAUAGAAACGGCCGAUAAUAAUCAUAUCGACACAAUGUUUGUGGACAAGCGAAACGCUUCACCCAACGGUAAAACAUUGGUGAUUUGCUGCGAGGGUAACGCCGGUUUCUACGAAAUCGGUAUCAUGACCACCCCCAUCGAAUCCGGCUAUUCCACUCUGGGCUGGAACCAUCCGGGUUUCGCCAACAGCACGGGUAGACCGUACCCGUCCCAAGAACAGAACGCCAUGCACGCCCUGAUGCAAUUCGCCGAGAACAAAUUGGGUUUCAAGCGAGAGGAAAUCAUAUUGUUCGGGUGGAGCAUCGGAGGGUACCCGGCCUCGUGGGCGGCCAUGAAUUAUCCGGAAAUUAAAGGAAUAGUGCUCGAUGCGACUUUCGACGACGUCCUACCUCUAGCUUGUAACGUGAUGCCGAAAUGGUUGGAACCGAUCGUAAAAAUAGCAAUACGCGAUCACGUCGAUCUCAACGUAGUGGAGCAGCUGAUUAGGUACCCCGGUCCGAUUUUGUUGAUUAGGAGGUCCGAGGACGAAGUCAUCUGUACUCGGCCUAACGAUAUAUCGAGUAACAGGAUUAACAAUCUGUUGAUGAGGCUGCUGUGUCACCGGUUUCCUUGUAUCUUCGAUGACGCCCGAAGGAAUUUGUUGCUGGAGUAUUUCUGCGGCGCUCAGGCCGAACAAGAACAAUACUUGACGCAAUUUAAUAUCGACGAUAGAUUAUGUUAUGCGAAACUGCAGACUUAUAUCUCGGAGAAUUCCAAAAAUUAUCCGAUGAGCAUCGGCGAGGACUGGGCGGAUUUGGAGAAAACUCGAAUGGCCCUGUUUUUGGCUAAAAAUUACAUGAUCGAUUUCAAAGCGACUCAUUGCGUUCCGUUGCCGCCGGAAUUGUUCAAGAGACCGUGGGACGUGACGGUGGAAAAUGAUUUCGUACAUUUAUGAAUAUGAAUAUCUAGUUAUAAUAUAGAUAAUUUAAUGUUUGAAAGUAUUUUGAGGUAAAGUUAGCAUUUAAUGUUGAAGUGUAAAACAAAUUAUAUAUUUUUAAAUGUCGGAAUUAAUGAUAAAUAUCAAUA